AUGACUAGUAGAAACUAUAUUCAAGGACAGACUGACCACACCAUGUUCUACAAACACUCGAAAAGUGAAAAAUGUUGCAUUCUCAUUUUCUAUGAGGACGAUAUAAAAUUAACAGAGGAUGAUUCAAGCGAAAUUAAAAUCCUAAAAGAGUUUCUAAGUACUGAAUUCAAACUUAAGGACUUGGGGAAUCUUAGAUACUUUCUUGGAAUGGAGGUAGCAAGGUCUAAGGCAGGUAUUUCCAUCUCCCAAAGAAAGCAUGUUCUCGAUCUGCUUUUAGAAGUUGGUUUGAUGGGCUGCAAACCAGCUGAAACUCCUAUGGAAUUCAAUCUUAAAUUAGGGACUGAUCAGGAUGGAGAAGAUAUCGAUAAGGGGAGAUAUCAACGACUAGUAGGGAGACUUAUCUACCUAUCUCACACUCGUCCAGACAUAGCUUUCGAUGUGAGUGUUAUCAGCCAGUUCAUGCACGCUCCAAGGGAGAAACAUCUGGAAGCUGCGUACAAGAUAUUAAGGUAUCUCAAGGGGACUCCGGGUAAAGGCCUGCACUUCAAGAAAACUGUCAACCGAAGUGUAGAAGUAUAUACUGAUGCAAACUGGGCAGGUGCUGUUAACGACAGACGUUCUACAAGUAGUUACUAUAGCUACGUUUGGGGUAAUCUCGUAACAUGGAGAAGUAAAAAACAGUCUGUUGUAGCACGCAGCAGUGCAGAGGUAGAGUAUCGAGCACUAUCUCAUGGUAUAUGCAAAGGAAUCUAG